GUGGUUUUUUUCACGGUAUCGCUGCCAGGAAACGAGUGGACGUUAGGGCAAAUCGCAUGUUCUCUUGCCAUUCGGAUAAAAUUUAAAGCAUUUGCUAUUUACUCUUCUUUGCAAUAAUGAGAAGGUACACAAGAUGACGGCCUUUGGAGUGACUAGAUAACUGACUGCAUCUCCAAAAAAGAGCUUCUACCUUCCCUGCGUAAUAAUUUAACCAGCGUUUAUUCCUAUCGACAUGUAAAUAUCGGUUGGACAAAAAAAUAUAAUUUCGGACUAUUUGUAUAUAUCACAGGCAUAUGCAACACGUUGUUGGUAAGCAAAGCUGUAAAUGAUAUACAAGACCGGAUUAUUUUACAUGGAAUGACAUCCCGUCGAACCUCAUGCCCCAUCGCCGUGCCGCGGCCCCAUCUCACAGAGCGAGCGCCUCUCCCCCGUCCGGAGACGCGCUGCUGACCCCAGCCGGCACACCCCCCGGCUCCAGGGGCUGCCCACGGACACCAUGCGCAGAUUCGCCUACUGCAAGGUGGUGCUGACCACCUCACUGGUGUGGGUGCUGGUGGACGUCUUCCUUCUGCUCUACUUCAGCGAGUGCAACAAGUGUGAUGACCGGAAAGACCGGUCUCUGCUCCCUGCACUGAGAGCUGUCAUAUCGCGGACCCACGAAGGCCCCGGGGAGAUGGGGAAGGCAGUGAACAUCCAGAAGGAGGACCAGGAGAAAAUGAAGGAGCUUUUUAAGAUUAACCAGUUUAACCUCCUGGCCAGCGAUCUGAUAGCGCUUAACAGGAGCCUGCCCGACGUGAGGCUCGAUGGCUGCAAGACCAAGGUUCACCCAGACGACCUGCCCAACACCAGCGUCGUCAUCGUGUUCCACAACGAGGCCUGGAGCACGCUGCUGCGGACGGUCCACAGCGUCAUCAUCCGCUCCCCCCGGCUUCUGCUGCUCGAGAUCCUGCUGGUGGACGAUGCCAGCGAGAGAGAUUUCUUGCAAAAGAAGCUGGAGGACUAUGUACGAGCGCUAGAAGUGCCGGUACGGAUCUUGAGGAUGCAGCAGCGUUCCGGGCUGAUCCGGGCCAGGCUCCGGGGUGCAGCGGCUGCCCGAGGUCAGGUGAUCACCUUCCUGGACGCCCACUGUGAGUGUACGAUAGGAUGGCUGGAACCACUGCUGACUAGGAUUAAAGAGGACAGAAAAGCAGUGGUAUGCCCCAUUAUCGAUGUGAUCAGUGACGACACCUUCGAGUACAUGGCGGGUUCCGACAUGACCUAUGGGGGAUUCAACUGGAAGCUGAAUUUCCGUUGGUACCCCGUGCCUCAGAGGGAGAUGGACAGGCGGAAAGGGGACCGAACACUUCCUGUCAGAACUCCCACCAUGGCGGGGGGUCUGUUUUCUAUCGACAGAACAUAUUUUGAAGAAAUUGGAACAUAUGACCCAGGGAUGGAUAUCUGGGGCGGAGAGAACCUGGAACUGUCCUUCAGGAUCUGGCAGUGCGGUGGCUCUCUGGAGAUCGUCACCUGCUCUCACGUCGGCCAUGUGUUCCGGAAGGCCACCCCGUACAGCUUUCCCGGGGGCACUGGCCAAGUCAUCAACAAGAACAACAGGCGCCUGGCCGAGGUCUGGAUGGAUGAAUUCAAAGACUUCUUCUAUAUCAUAUCACCAGGUGUGAUGAAGGUGGAGUAUGGAGACGUGUCAUCACGCAAGACACUUCGGGAAGCCCUACAGUGUAAAUCCUUCUCCUGGUACCUGGAGAACAUCUACCCUGACUCCCAGAUCCCAAGAAGAUACUUCUCACUUGGUGAAAUUCGAAAUGUGGAAACCAACCAGUGUAUCGACAACAUGGGAAGGAAGGAGAACGAGAAGGUCGGCUUUUUCAACUGCCACGGGAUGGGAGGGAACCAGGUGUUUUCCUACACUGCGGAUAAAGAGAUCCGGACGGACGACCUUUGCCUGGAUGUGUCGCGGCUAAACGGUCCCGUCAUCAUGCUCAAGUGCCACCACAUGAAGGGGAACCAGAUGUUUGAAUAUGACGCAGAGCGGCUGACCCUCCUCCAUGUGAACAGUAACCAGUGCUUGGACAUGCCAUCAGAAGAGGACAAGAUGGCUCCCACCCUACGGGACUGCACGGGCAGCCGCUCUCAGCAGUGGCUGCUCAGGAACAUGACCCUCAGUGUCUGAUCCUCCUCCCUGCUCCUCGCCUCCGUCGUUCCGGCCCUCUCCCAGCUGUGCUGGUCUGCACGGGUGUCCCUCUGACCCACAUCUGCAUCUCAUGGACCUCCUCAAGGCUUCAAGGAAGUGCCAUCGGAUGGGGCCCUCCCACCAAGUCGGUGAUAGGCGUGGCUGGUCAGAGUGGUCCAAUGACGAGGUGGUGGGCGGAGCCAUGAGCCAGGUGCCGUUGCCUCCUUGGACUCAGGUGUUUCCCAUCUCCUCCUGCAUAACCAUGUGGUGGAGGUAGCGUUUGGAAACAGUUAAAUAAAAACAGCAUGUCUUUAUGUACUUGUUCAGAACAUUUACUUUUGUCCAUCUUCGGUAUGUGCAGCAAGAUCAUGAACGUAGUUGAAUAGAUUUUUUUUGUGUCCUUAGUUGCUUGAUUCAUACUUUCAGGCUUUAAACCAGAGGGUUUCAACUAUUCAUAACCUAGAGACAUGAAAACAGCAGAGCUGCGAACCCCUGCUCUACGGACUGACAGGGUAUCCCGUCCUCAACUUGAAAACCCUUGAUUUAAACCACAUUCCACAUUUACAUCAGGGACAGUAUUACCUGGGUCUUUUAAUAUCACAAAAGUUUGUUGGUUAUUUUAUUUGAUGUGCGUGCAAGUUAUCAUUUUAUGCACAUAUAUGUGUCGAAUGUAUGAUGUUAUCGAUCAUGACGCACAUUUGGACUCGGACUGUUAUUGAAAGAAGUCCUGACAUUUUUAUUGCGUCGUUGGCGACCACAGUCAAUAUGAAUCCUAUGAUCCGCUGCGGAUUUGCAAUGUUUCUGUUGAGGAAGCAAAAAUGUCACAUGCCUUAAAAUAUUAUUGUGGCAUGCAUGUAUAAAAUAAGUGAUUUUUUUUUUUGCAAUAAAAAUAAUACUGGAAAAGCUAGUUUGUAAAGCUUCUGUUAGAUCCAGUGCAUGGCCAUCAAACUGCAGUAUGUUUUUCUGAGACUUUUAAACUGAAAAGUGAAAAUAUUCCAAUUCACAAUUUUCUGAUAUACUGUAUUAUACAUGUAUGAAUUCUGUAAAGGUUAUUUAUUCCCCUUGGAAUAUUGGAAUAGAGGAUGGAAAGAUUUUAUUUUUCUUUACUGUCUAACAAUUUAUUUAUGCUGACAUUUUUGAUUUGCUGGUUUUUGUGUUUUCCAUUGUUGUACUUGAAAGAUUCUGUUUUUUUUUUUCAUUAAAGAAUGAAACAAAAUAUUAUAACAUUAUUUUAUGAAAGAUAUCUAACUUCAGGGAGUUAAUAUACAUUAUUGGUGUUUUUGUUCUGUGCUGUAUUUAAAAUCAGAAUCUUUGAGAGUAGCUUGUCCUGGUGUUUGCCCCAAGGAUCUGAGCUAUACCCAUGAUAUAUCCAUUUUAAUUUAACUGCUCAAGCAGAUUGACACAUAAACAGUCCCUAAAGUAAUAUUAAAUAAUAUAUCGUUGUAUAAUGCAGAUGAUUCAGUGCUACACAUCUCUUUUUCAGAACACGACGUGUUUCUGUUUUGAGCUCACUUUGACAAAUGUGGAUUUAACUUUAACUUGUUGAUCUGCAGGCGUGAUUUAAUAAAGUACAAUUAUAUUUUCUUAUUUUAAUACUUGAAAGGAUAUUGUUAUAUGUUACAAUUCACCGAUUAAAUUAGUUUAAAAGAUUCUUCGGAUUCCCCUUUUAGAUUUUUAGCUGAUGUCUGAAAUCUCUUAUAACCAAAUUGUAGAAAGUACGCCACUAGCUAUUACAUGAUAAAUGAUUUUGGCAUUAUCCUGGUGGCAUUUUUAAUGUGGGCUUUAAUGAAAGAAAGCCGUCAAAAAUGGGAUGCCCUAGAAAAUGUUAAGCGACAGGGUUCUGGCAAUCUAAUCUAAUUAUAGUUAACCGAUGUUUCCAUCUCUGCUGCCUACGCCUUGUUAAUCUCUUCUGUUGACCAGAGUAGCAUGCCGUUAGUGUUACUCAUGAUGGUAAAAUGAUUGCUGCUUGUUAUCUGAAACCAGUGACAAGACUGCAGGGUUUACCAUCAUUGGUGGCUAGUGGUACAGUGUAUGUGGGUUUAGGCCAAAAGUAAAGGGGACACAGAAGGCAACAGAUCAUGAUGCAUUUAGUUUAGCUGUGGGCAAACAGAUUGUCAAGCAAAGCAUACUGAAAACAGAUUGUUUAGAGUAUUAUACAUUUUUUUCAGAAUCCAUUACAUUAACUUUAAUUUUGAUGAUCUUUAUUAUUUUUUUAUAAUUAUGCCCUUGGCACUUUACAGAUAUGUAAGAUUUUUUCUAUGAAUGAUGGAGCAGUAAAUAUAUAAUCGAUUUUAUUUAUGGUCACAUUUUUAAUGUGGUAUAUUAUAUACAAUAUAUUCGUAUUUUUAUAGAAAAGUAGACAAGAAUUUUGAACUACUGAAGUGGAAAUGGGCAGCACACUCCACAAUAAUCUGUUAAAGCACUGUGCCACGCACAUUUCAUCUGUGUUUUUUGUAAUUGGGUGGAAUUGUGAAAUAAAGUUGUAAAAGUGGCCCAUGGAAUGAAUACUUGGAGAACGUGGGAUGCCGUCCCUGUGAAUUAGUCAUAAAAGAUUUAGCACAAAAGAUGUAACAAUUGCAGUGGGUGUCUCGAGUCAUGAUUGGGAAAAGCUUUGGUACUGCGACAAUUACUUCCAUUUGCCGUUUGUAAUUCUUCCCAUUUUAAAAUAAAUCAAAGCAGUCAAAAUAACUAGUUGACAAACUAUGUUAGUGUCCUGAAAUGCUUCACCAGUUGUUGAUUGGUACCUGGAUGCCCCAAUUGCCUGUACAUAUUGAAUAUUUGCAGUUUUAUUUUCUUGUUUGUUUCGAAGGUCUGUUGUUGACAGUGCAUGAAACUAAGUGAUGUAACUUGUGUCCUCUUUGUAUUCGUCUUGAAGCUGUUACGUAACUGCCACCUGUUUGUAUGUUUUAUAAAGAUUUUUUUAAGUUCAUCCAGUAUAAUUAGAGGAAUAUAGACAUUGAAACUAUAAUAAAUGGCUAAGAAUCUUAACUCACUGACUCGAAUGCAAGUAAAUUCUUUGUGCUUUUUUUAAUCCAUGUGAUGCCAUCACCUCACAUUUACUUUGUUUCCUGUUAUCCCUCAAUGUCAGCUGUGACAAAUGUUAAUUCAGCGAAACAUCUUUAAUCCUUAAUCACAUUCCCUGUAAGCGACCAAUGCUUGAACAUUUUUUUUGUCUUCGUUUAACCAAAAACUAAUAAACCAAUUGUGAUAUCA